GGUCGCGCAGAUACGGGCAGCUUGCAAAUACUCUAUCAGCCACCUCAGAACAGUCAUGACCCAUUUUCCCUUCCACAGAAGAGGAGGAGAAACCAGAGACCCUGAGAGUUGAGCAGACAUCCCUGGGAGAAGGUUGGAGUCCGGAUUCAAACCCGGGUCUCCAGGCUCCCAGGCCGGAGUGCUUUCCACUGGAUUUGCAGGUUCUGAAAGCUCCAGGCCCACUGCAGGAGCAUAUGGCGGGGACCGCACGCCAUGACCGAGAGAUGGCGAUCCAGGCCCAGAAAAAGCUCACCACGGCCACCGAUCCCAUUGAAAGACUCCGACUUCAGUGCCUGGCCAGGGGGUCCGCAGGCAUCAAAGGACUUGGCAGAGUGUUUCGAAUUAUGGAUGACAAUAACAACCGAACCCUUGAUUUCAAAGAAUUUUUGAAAGGGCUAAAUGAUUAUGCUGUGGUCAUGGAAAAGGAAGAGGCAGAAGAGCUCUUCCGGAGGUUUGAUAAAGAUGGAAAUGGUACAAUAGACUUCAAUGAAUUCCUUCUCACAUUAAGACCUCCAAUGUCUAGAGCCAGGAAAGAGGUAAUUAUGCAAGCUUUUAGGAAGUUAGACAAGACUGGAGACGGAGUUAUAACAAUUGAAGAUCUUCGUGAGUUGUAUAAUGCAAAACACCAUCCUAAGUACCAAAAUGGAGAAUGGACUGAAGAACAAGUAUUCAGGAAAUUUCUGGAUAACUUUGAUUCACCCUAUGACAAAGAUGGAUUGGUGACCCCCGAGGAAUUUAUGAACUACUAUGCAGGGGUGAGCGCGUCUAUUGACACUGAUGUGUAUUUCAUCGUCAUGAUGAGAACCGCCUGGAAGCUCUAAAUGUAGGACCUGCGGACCAGGGCAUUGGGUUUAGCCACAUGGCUCCAAAUGAUUAAACAUCAGCUCCAAACCGGAA